AGUCUGAUUGGUUAAGAAAAAGUUAGACCUUGUUUGACGGUGGUUUAUACGGAUAAACAUUAUUUAAUCUAUUUAACUUCUAAUAGAAGGAACGAAACAACAACAUUAGAGUAAAUAUGAAAUAUAUGACCAGCCGAACAUUGCAUUUCACCUUAGAUUAAUCUACGCCUGAAAAUAUGUUCCAGCAAUUGAAAUUGACUUUUGCGUUGAUACUCUUUAUGAGUUUCUGUUUGGAGUCUCAUGCUGCAUCAGACAUUUGCAAGACAUGCGAAUGUAAAAAUAAUGAGACAAGAAUAGAUUGUUCAUCUCGGGGACUGACCUCUGCCCCACAACCCAUUCCACCGAAUGUUGUAGAUUUGGACUUGAGUUAUAAUGAUCUCCAUACAAUCGAAGCUGAAACAUUCCCAAAUCUCUUCAGUUUACAAACUCUGGAUUUCCGCGGUAAUAAAAUCGAAGAAGUCAAUGAAGAAGCCUUCCGAAAUUUGUCCAGUUUAGAAUCUCUGGAUUUUCAAGAUAAUAAAAUCAUGCAACUCAAAGCAGGAACUUUCCAAAAUUUGUCUAAAUUAACAGAUCUGGAUUUGCGGGAAAAUAAAAUCAUGCAACUCAAAGCAGGAACCUUCCUAAAUUUGUCUAAAUUAACAGAUCUAUAUUUGCAAUACAAUGACAUCACAGAGAUUGAAGUAGGAUGUUUUCAAAAUCUUCCCAGUUUAAAGACUCUGUAAGUGGUAUUAAUUCUUUGAUUGU